CUCCAUCUUGUUCUAAGGAGCGGUAAGGGCUGGACUUCUUGCCAUGGCGUGUGGUUCAGUGGAUCCUCAGGGUCUUCUCUCGCCUCCACUUUCUUCUGCCAGACUUAAUAAUCCGCCCUAUGUGGAAGGACCCUGGUUCUGGUCCUGUGGUCAGACCAACAUAUCCUGCAAGGUGGUAAACGGGAAGGUGGUGGAGGUGGGCAAGUGGCCAUGGCAGGUAAGCAUCCUCUUCCUGGGGAUGUACGUCUGCAGCGGCUCCCUCAUCCACCACCACUGGAUCCUCACCGCAGCACACUGCUUACAAAGAUCCAAGAACCCGGCUAACUACACUGUGAAGGUGGGAGUCCAGACCCUCCCAGACAACAGCUCCCCAGAGCUCCUGGUCACUAGCAUUGUGAUUCACGAGAACUUCAUCAACCACAUGUCUCACGACAUCGCCAUCCUGAAGCUCAAGUAUCCUGUCACCUGGUCCCCUCUCAUCCAGCCAAUCUGUCUCCCCGAGAAGAAUUUCAAACCAAGAAUUGGCACCAUGUGCUGGGUCAUUGGGUGGGGAUUGGAAAAGGCCAAAGGUGAGUGCACAGUUCCAAAGACUCCCUAUAGUGUCCAGGGCUUGGCUGUCAGGAUUGUGAACAAUGAAAUCUGCAAUCAUCGAUACCAGUUCCUCCUGCUGAAGAACCAGAAGAAGUUUAUUGGGGACGACAUGCUGUGCACAAGCUCAGAAUGGGGUCUGGACACUUGUCAGGACACCUCCGGGAGCUCCCUCGUUUGCAAGAUGAACAAGACCUGGGUCCAGAUGGGCGUGGUGAGCUGGAACUUUGGCUGUGGCCGUCGCCAAUUCCCAAGCAUCUACACCAGCACCUCCCACUUCACCCAGUGGAUCAAGAGACAGAUUGGUGAAUUGAAGUUUGCCAGCAUGGCCGUCCCUUCCUUCCUGAGCCCAUUCAUCCUCACUGGCUACAUUCUGCUGGUAUCCUUGGGCUCCCUGUGGCUCCUGUGAGCUGUGUUUCUACAACAGCCACUCCCAGAGGCUACUUCUCCCUCCUCUCUGCUCCGUCCUCAGAAGACGUGGACACCGGAGGCUGAACAGGACUUCAGGACAGAGGGACUUCGGGGAAGGGUCCUUGACCCACUGUGGGUUUUGUUCCCCAGUUGUUCAAUGAAGAUGCUCUUGAACCUUUUGAGCCAUCUAAAGUUAUCAUGUUUUUGACUUUGACCAAAAGUCCUUUAGAACACCUCCCUCAUAAAACUUGGCUGUUUCUCAAGCUG